AUGUACAACCAAAAACAUGUAUACCAUAUCAGAUCCACAUUGAUUAAUUUUGAAUUUGCCGAAUGUGUUGACUUAAAUAAACCAAAUACAAUUCCAUACUCAACAUCACAACUAAUUUUGCUGGCUAUUUUGAAGCCUGGUUUUUUCAGUGAACUUGCAGAUAACAUUGAGGAAUUGAGGGAGAAGUUAGCAACAAUAUCAGAGAAUUCACCAAAAUGUUCAAUUUACGCACUUGCAUGUAAUCCAUCUGGAUCAAUUCUUGCAUCAGGAUCCCCUGAAAAGAUUGUUCGAUUAUGGGAUCCAAGAUCUGGAAAAGGAAUCACCAAGUUCACUGGUCAUACUGACAAUGUUAGAACUGUUUUGGUUAGCGAUGAUGGAGAGUUAAUUUUAUCGGGGUCAUCAGAUACUACUAUAAAGUUAUGGUCAUUAACUGCCCAACGUUGUUUAUAUACAUUUGACAUUCAUUCGGAUUCUGUUUGGUCAUUAUACUCUGAUCAUCCAAGACUAAGAACUUUUUAUGCCGGAAGUAAAGAUGGACUGGUGACAAAAAUUGAUCAUAGUGGCAGUGCUGAAAUUAGGGAUGGUGAUUGUGUAGCUAUUUGUAAAGAAUCACAUGGAGUUAUGAAG